UCCGGGCUGAUUGGCUUGGGGCUCGGGGACGGGGGUUGCGGACGGUGUGAGCGGGGCGGCGGUCAUGGAGGGAACUUGCGCUGGUUUCCGGAAAGAACUGGUGAGCAAGCUGCUGUACCUGCACUUUAAGGACGACAAGACCAAAGUCAGCGGGGACGCACUGCAGCUCAUGGCCGAGUUGCUGAAGAUCUUUGUCGUGGAGGCGGCCAUCCGCAGCAUCUGGCAGGCCCAGGCAGAGGACCUGGCCCUCGUGGACCUGGACCAGCUGGAGAAGGUGCUGCCACAGCUGCUUCUAGACUUCUAGGGGUUUCCGUGCUUGCUGCGGCUGCCUGUCCAAGUCACAGCCAAGCCCCGUGUUCAUGUGUCGUCUGUGGCCUCUGACUUCAGGCAAGGAAGGAGCUGCUGAUCCCUGAGAUUCUCCUCCCACCCUGAAGACUGAGCCAGGUCCCAGCAAACGCACCUCUCCUCCUAGUGUCCUCUCUGCCCUGCUGCCGACAGCCUGGACGCAGCAGAUGGGGGGGUACUGAGGUGAUGGCGGGCCUGUGUGGGGAGCCAGGCCCAUGGGGUCUGGCGCCACAGCAGGUGCCCAUCCCUCGUGCCUCCCAGGACAGCCGAGCACCCACUGGCGUGGGAGAAGCGCUGGGUCCUUGGGAAGCAGGUGCUGAGGGAGAAGUGGGGACCAGUCCACCUGAGCAGGUAACCUGUGUGUCUUCUACAAACAAGCGGAGCUGCACACAGUCCUGCCACCCCGACAUCAAAGCUGGUGUGUAACCUUUUAACCAUUUGAUAUUCCCCUCAGAAGAUGCUUCCCUGAGCUAUAAAUUUGUUCUCGUAAAGCAACAUCAAUAAAUCAAAGCUGUCUCUCCCA